CCUUACUCACACAUUAUUCAUUCACUCACUCAAUAUAUUUCUUGCCAUACUUCACAAAAAUAUCAAACGUUGCUACAACAAUAGUGAACAACGAUGAAAAAGGAAUCAGAAGUAAAAAAGGCACGAUCAAGAGGAAAAGGAGGACCAGAGAAUGCAUUAUGUAGUUACAAAGGAGUGAGACAAAGGACUUGGGGAAAAUGGGUUGCUGAAAUAAGAGAACCCAAACGUGGUGCUAGGCUUUGGCUAGGAACUUUCAACACUUGUAUUGAAGCAGCACUUGCUUAUGAUGAUGCUGCUACAAGGCUAUAUGGCGAAUCUGCUAAGCUCAAUUUGGCACCAUCACAUGGUAGUUCUACAACAACAAGUAUAGGAGUUGACCAGAAUUUGAUUUUUCCUACACAAUCUACUGAUAACAACUGCAUUGAAGAGAUUUCAAAUGAUAAGAAUAAUGAGGUGUUGUGUGAGACUGAUUUGGACUUUGAACCACUAAGUAUUCCAUGGAGUACUAGUGACUUUAUUGUGGAUGAUUUCAAGGAUUGGGAUCCAUCAUUGCUAGAGGUUUAAUUAACACAACUUUGGUGUAUUAUACUAUUACUAUAUGAGGACAUGUUAAUCUUUUAAUGUGAAAAAUGAAAAAUAUUGCAUACUAUAUAUGUUACUCAUGUACCGUACCAUAUUUUAUGUCUACAUAAUGAGAUGCAAUAUCAUCGAGGUUUA